UUGAACCGGAGUGCUCGAGUUUUUGCUUUGCAUAUACUCAAACACAAAUUUGUACGGAUAAACCCCGUCCCAAUCUCAGUCAAAACCCCAUCGAACUUAAACCCUUAAUCCACAGAAGCCCUCCCAACUCGACACCUUCUCCCUCUUCUCUAAACUCCGACUGUCUGCUCUCAAAUCCGCUGCCUCCGCCGCCGUCGCCAUGAGGAGCCUCAUCUCUAAUGCCAAAUUCUUUGCCACUACCGCCAUUAGGGGCAGAAUUCCCCUGUCGUCGAAUCCGUCGAUCAGUGGCACUCGCGCUUACAGUCUGAUUCCAAUGGUGAUAGAGCACUCAUCUCGAGGAGAAAGAGCUUACGAUAUAUUCUCGAGGCUUCUAAAGGAGCGAAUUGUUUGCAUCAAUGGUCCAAUCAAUGACGACACGGCCCAUGUCGUGGUUGCUCAGCUUCUCUUUCUCGAGUCCGAGAACCCUUCCAAGCCAAUCCACAUGUACCUCAAUUCCCCUGGCGGCCAAGUCACUGCUGGUCUUGCUAUUUAUGAUACAAUGCAGUAUAUAAGAUCUCCGAUCAAUACCAUCUGUUUAGGUCAAGCUGCAUCUAUGGCUUCUCUCCUUUUGGCUGCAGGCACCAAGGGUGAGAGGAAGGCACUUCCUAAUGCUACUAUUAUGAUUCACCAGCCAUCAGGUGGGUACAGUGGACAGGCAAAGGACAUGAGCAUUCACACCAAGCAGAUAGUUCGAGUUUGGGAUUCACUCAAUCAACUCUACUCAAAGCAUACAGGGCAGUCAAUAGAUGUAAUUCAGCAGAAUAUGGACAGAGAUUAUUUUAUGACCCCAGAAGAGGCGAAGGACUUUGGGAUUAUUGAUGAAGUGAUUGAUGAAAGACCAAUGUCUCUGGUGACUGAUGCUGUGGGUGGUGAAGGCAAAGAAAAGGGUUCAAAUUAGAAUUAGAGGGUGAGAUCCUAGCGGAACCUGAUUUUUGAAGUUUGCAUAGAUUGUUCUUGAUUAAUCUAUCUGAUUAUCAUAUACUCGGAUUUUGUUGAUUCACAUAUAUAUGGUCUGUUCUUAUUUCCUCAUUGAACUAAUUUCAUAGGGCCUGAUGUGCAUUUCGUGACUUGUAAUAUUGACUGUACACAUUCAUCUUGCAUUGAGAUAUUGUGCAAGCCAUCAUGGAAUCAUUUGAUACAAGUUUCUUUUUCUCUA